UGUGAGGGUCAUGUUUUUUGAUGUCUCCAGUGCAUUUAACACAGUCCAGCCUGAUGUACUUUGCCAGAAACUCCAGAAGACACAGGUGGGGGCCUCAACUAUCGCCUGGAUUAAAGACUACCUGACAAACAGACAACAGUUUGUGAGGCUGAAGAACUGCACAUCAAACCAGGCGAUCAGUAACAUUGGAGCACCACAGGGGACUGUACUCUCACCAUUCCUUUUCACCCUGUACACCUCAGACUUCCAGUACAAAUCAGAGACCUGUCAUCUACAGAAAUACUCAGAUGACUCUGCAGUUGUCGGGUGUAUCAGAGAUGGACAGGAAGCUGAGUACAGAGAGCUGGUGGAGCGCUUUGUGGCAUGGUGUGGAAACAAUCAUCUGACCUUGAACGUGAACAAAACAAAGGAGAUGAUUUUAGACUUCAGAAGAAACAGGGUGGAGUCAAACACUGUUUCCAUCAUGGGAGAAGAAGUGGAGAUGGUUGAGGAAUACAAAUACCUUGGAGUUCACCUGGACAACAGACUGGACUGGAGAAAGAACAGCGAAGCCGUUUACAAGAAGGGGCACAGCAGACUGCACUUCUUGAGGACGCUUAGGUCCUUCAAUGUCUGUAGCAAGAUGCUGCAGAUCUUCUACAAGUCUGUUGUUGAGAGUGUAAUCUCUUCAGCCAUCGUCUGUUGGGGUAGCAGCAUCAGAAGCAGGGACCUGAAAAGGCUCAACAGCCUAAUAAAAAAGGCUGGUUCUGUUCUGGGGACGACUGUGGAACCGCUGGAGGAGAUGAUGCAAAGAAGGAUUCUCCAGAAAAUGAUGGACAACCCUGAGCAUUCAGGGUUCGGCGUCUGCAGUGAUGCGGACGCUGAGCCGAUCUGUCGUGGUGAAGAGGGAGCUGAGCCAGAAAGCCAGGCUCUCGAUUUACCGGUCGAUCUACGUCCCAAACCUCACCUAUGGUCAUGAGCUUUGGGUAAUGACCGAAAGAACGAGAUCGCGGAUACAAGCGGCCAAAAUGAGUUUCCUCCGUAGGGUGGCCGGGCUCAGCCUUAGAGAUAGGGUGAGGAGCUCGGACAUUCGGGAGGGACUCGGAGUAGAACCGCUGCUCCUCCAGAUCGAAAGGAGCCAGUUGAGGUGGUUUGGGCAUCUGGUCAGGAUGCCUCCUGGACGCCUCCCUGGGGAGGUGUUUCGGGCAUGUCCUGCCAGCAGGAGGCCCCCGGGUCGACCCAGGACACGUUGGAGAGGUUACAUCUCCAAUCUGGUCCGGGAACGCCUUGGGGUCCUGCCGGAGGAGCUGGUGGAGAAGGCCGGGGAGAGGACGGUCUGGAGCUCCCUAGUUGGGAUGCUGCCCCCGCGACCCGGACCCGGAUAAGCGGAGGAAGACGACGACGGUGACAAUAGCAAGUAUUACAGUAAAUGUACAAACGUGCAUUUUCAUGCAUCUUUAUUUCAGUGAGUUGUGUUGUUGGUUUCGGUGUAUGUUUACUAAAUUGUGCAAAUGAGGAAAGCUUUUUCUCUGUUUUGGUCACACUAAAAAACACCUAGCUGCUAGCUCAACUCACUACCAGAACAAAGAAGUAACAUAACUCUGUAGGAGAGACAGACAGAGAGAGAGAGAGAGAGAGAGAGAGAGAGAGAGAGAGAGAGAGAGAGAGAGAGAGAGAGAGAGAGAGAGAGAGAGAGAGAGAGAGAGAGAGAGAGAGAGAGAUGCUCCAUUUAAUUGAUUAUAUCAUUUAUAUCAUUUAUACAGUCAAAUACAGUCAAAUAAUAAAAGCCUGUUUGGAAAGUAAAAAGAGGAAAAUGUAAGACAAAAAAUAAACAACAUUAACUGUUUAAAUUUAAAUGUUUAAUAUUAUUCCAACAAUUCUAUAUGCAAAAAAUACAAAUGGAAACAAUUUAUUCAACAAUCCAGUUCAAAUAACAAAAGCAUUUAUUGACAAUUAUAAUUUGCCUUUAUUGCUAAUUUCAUCAGCCUUAGUACCUCUUAAAUAAGAGCCUGACACACUUUGAGUCCAAGCGGCCGUCUGCUCCGGGAGCCAAGUAUCUGCCAAAGUCACAGCAAUAACAGAUGAUGAGGUUCGACGAAGGCUUCAUUAAAGCUGUAGCGUUACUGAUCCCGACAGCUAGAAUGAAUGAUAUCCUUGGCAUCUGUGGACAACGCCUCCCCUCCAGUCCAUUUUUAUUAUUACUUAUUCAUGUAGAGCAAUAAUGUUGGUUCAGUCUCCUCCUCUAUCAAUUUAAAAACUUGGCUGUUGAGCUGUGAGUUAUGCAACACUCGAACAAAAACGAGGGAUGGCAGCUAAUCAACCCGACUAGGCGGAGGAUGCUUACGGCCUUCCCUGGCUAUUCUCAUGGAAGGAGGAAAACAUAUGGAAUUAUGGGAUGUGAACCGAAAUGUUCAUAGUGUAAAUCUUCCUCUGGUCCUUUUCAUUAGUGAAAGGAAAAAUCCAGCAGGGUUAAACAAACCGCCAUGCACAAUUUUAUGACUAAGUUGCGCAGCUAUUCAGUAUUUUCAUGCUGCAAUAAACGAUCUGCACAGCUAAAGACAAGAACUAAGUGCCUAGCACAGGCUCCACGUGUGGUUCCAGGGUGUGAUUGCUGAGUCUACGCCUGCCUAGGUUUACGCUCUGUGAAGAUAAACACCAUCCAGCGUGUUGCAGCACCUCCACGUAUUUCUCCCAAAGUCAAAUCCACUCCAGCUGUUUCUGUCCUUAACUCGUCUGUAUUGGGCUGUAAUCAGCUUGGCCCAACACCGUUCCAACGACUGCUCGGAUUCUUCUCGGCUGCCAUCCACUGAGAAAAAAAAAACGUCCUUAAGGAUCCGCCAAACUCCUCCUGAGUGUGGACUCUCACGAUGGCGGUGAGGAACGUAUGGAGCUCUGAAGAUCAAGGGUACCCCCAGAAAAGAGGCCAAAGAAAAUUUUGGGGUGGGACACCAAAUUGGUCCUUGUGGUAACUCUGGGAGAGUUUAGCCUGUGGCGAUGCACUGCUCAUGUAUUCGUUUUUGUUAAAAAAACUAUAUCGGUACAGAUAAAAUCAUCUAUUCCAAAAUGGUCGAUGGAGAAGAGCUAUACGUCUCUACCUGCUUUAUGGCUAUAGCAUUAUGUCGAUGGUUUUCUCGGCCGCCAGCUAAUAUAACGGUCCCUCCGACCACCAAGGCAAGGCGGGUUAAAUGUCUUGCCCAAGGGCGCAGCAGCAUCACUCUCUGGUGGGAGCUGGGAUUUAACCUACAACCUCCCAAUUACUGGAAAACCCACUCUACCUCCUGAGCAUCUGCUGCCCUUUUACUACUGCUGGAAGUAAACGCAAGAGAGUACUCUUUGGAGGUGAAGCAAAAUCAGAGUGAGCAAGUUAUUUUAGCAACUUUUUGCCGCCGGUGGAAGUACAAAUCCUACCACAGCAUUUAGUCCGCUGGAGACAUGGCAACCUCACACACUUACUGAUAUCAACUAUACCCGUGUCACUCGUUCCUUUAUUUUGAAAGGAGAAAACAUGACAGCCCUCCAACUGGUUGAGAAACAAAUCUGUUUCAAGGUAACCUUCCUCCCAACAUUAUUGAUGCAUUAGACAGUUUUGUGAUUUAAUCCCCAUAAAAUUCUUACAUAUUGCUCCUUUAACACUUUUUUUUUUAUUUUAGGGAACACAGGGUCAUCUUUCAGACCGCUUGACAAAUGUAAAAUUGACCAACAAUAUAAAAUACUAUUUCAUCUCUUAACAUUGUGAGUCUCCCACAAACCUGUUUGGUGUUGAUUGAAGCCCUCGGGUAAACACAAAACAGUGAUUAGGUAUUAAGAUAUUUAUCCUCCACAACAACUCACUGCUGAUCCACCUUCAUUCACCAACAACAAUGGGUUGAUGAGUUCACAUGAUUUGAGGGUUCCACUUCAUCCUGUGACUUUGCUGGUUAUCUGCUGACGUUUAGUCUUUCUUUACCAGUUUUUCCACCUCCACUCCUUGUCUCCUUCUGUUAAUGCCACCACCUUCCGUCAGCCAUGCAUGACUUUCGUUUAUCCUCACCCCCUGCCCUUCUGUCGUUACGAAGACAGGAACUGCCAGGUUCAGGCGUUUUUCUGACUCUCGACCUGUUGGAGACCUCUGCCAGCCGUGUUAUUGAGCCUGCUGAUCCAUGGCCAUGAACCUGAGCAAAGCUAGAGAGGUAUUAGCUAGCUAGGGCUUUACACAGCUGCUGGAUGAGUGGCUUCGUGCUCUACGUCCCCUCUGCUCAUUACUGAUGCUGUUAGAAUAAACUCAGCUGAAACAAAUCACCCAAAAGUGUUUCCAACAUUUUUUCCAGCUUUUUGAAUGUGACGAAACAUUACACCAUCAUCUCUCGCUGCGUAAAUGGACAGUGUUGGAAAAGAUCUGAAUCUUUUUGCUUAAUGACCCCAAAGUAACAGUCUUUGUGUAAGCUGUGGUACCAUUCUCCUGCGCUGCACUCUUUAGCUGUCUCGUAUCAUCAUUUUAUUUUUCUACCCGCUUUACUACCCUAGUUUGUCGACUCACAACUUUUCACUGCUUGCUAAGCUGAUUUGUUUCCAGCGGUUGCUGUAAUUACCCCUUAGUAAUGUUUACCAGAGAAAACAGAAGGAAAAACGACCUCCCCGCAGAGGACGAAGCAGAUCUGGAGGGAAAUAAUUACAAGAUCAACACCAUUAAUCACUAAUAGAGGAUCUCUGUUGGGUCAGAAUUUGCUACACACACACUGCACACUUAAUAUUUCACCAAUAGGCUUUUGAAAAGUGAGGAAACACCAAAAGAAUGCAGGGUCCUCUUUUACCAACAUGUAUUAUUUGUUUUGGUUUGAUAAACCCAUCAGACUGUUUCUCUGGGGGUGUGAUUGAUUUGACUCCCUUCACUGCACACCUCAUCAAACACUACCUGUAGCUGCCUCAGCAUUAUCUGUCUUUGCUCAGAGACUUUCAUUAACACUUCCUAAAACAGCAGCAGCUUCCUAUGGUUACUUCCUCGUUCCCUAACGCUCUUGUGAAUGGAGGGUAAACCUAUCAGGUAAACCACGUGGUCUGAACAUGAAAGAAAACAUCCGAUCACAUAUACAGGUGCUGGUCAUAAAAUUAGAAUAUCAUGACACGGUUGAUUUCUUUAAAUUAUUCCAUUCAAAAAAGCUACCAGCACCUAGCUUAAGGGUCAUGGUAUACCUGUUCUUGAUUAGCCAGCGAACUCACCUGACCGUAACACCUCAGGAGAUCUAUGGGGUAUUGUGAAGAGGAAGAUGCAACACACCAGGCCCAACAAUUCAGAAUAGCUGAAGGCCACCAUCAGAGCAGCAUGGGCUCUCCUAACACCUGAGCAGUACCACAGACUGGUGGACUCCAUGCCUCACCGCACCGCUGCAGUAAGCCAGGCCAAAGCAGCCCCAGUGAAAUACUGAGUGCUGUUCAUGUUCACACUUUUCAGUUGGCCAACAUUUCUAAAAUUAUUUUCUUUUUUGCAUUAUUUUCUGAUACAGAAUUUGGGAUUUUCAUUAGUUGUCAGCUAAAAUAAUCAAAAUUAAAGAAACAAACAUUUGAAAUAUACCUUUCUGUGUAUUAUUCUAAUUGACAAGUGUUCCUUUUUGAUGAAAUUACUGAAAUAAAUCAACUGUAUCAUGAUAUUCUAAUUUUAUGGCCAACAUCUGUAUACACCAUCAGAGAAGAAGCAAAUGCAUCUUUUACCUAAUUACUUUAAUUGUUUUCUAUCUGCUCAUGUCGGAAAGAAAGGUAUGAGUCUAAACCAUCCUAAGUUGAUGCCAAAGCUAUUUCAAAUGAACGCCGUUCCUGAGAUGGUGCCAUCUUUGUAGUCCUUCACAGCUCUGCCGGGGCUAAAUUUGCCAAACGUCUCCCUACAAACAGAACUUUUGGGCCAGUGAUAGACCUGCUGAGGCUACAACAGAGUGUGGAUAGACCAACCUGCAGAACUGAAUCUUUCUCUGCUGCUCGGGUUUGUUAGCCUGGUAAGUCAUCCUACAUACGUGAAUAAAUAGUCUGGCCACCACCCAUAGACAGCUCAGCCAUGUCUUUCAAACUGGCCCCACAUGCUAUUGGACAACCUACUUGCAUCUAUGAAUGUCAGUCAACAGGGAAGUCUUCCAUAUGCAUCCUUUUUCUACACAAGGGACCUGAGCACGUCUUUCUGCUCCUGACUAAAAGAAAAGCCCAAGUCUAAAUAGUCUUAAGUUGAUGCCAAAGUAUUUUCUAACUAGCCACCGCCAUCUUAGUUGCUCUGCUCUGUUGCAUCAUCCCACCCACCAAAUCGAUAGAGCCCUGUGAGACAGUAGCCUAAAUAGUGAUUAGCUGCAGCAUUUUCUUUUAGUUUUGAUUCAGGUUUGUGUUUCUGUGACUGAAGUGAAAGAAACGUUGGCUUUGUUAGGUGGAUUACUUCACUCUUUUUCUUCUCUUUGCUGUAUGUCAUGGUAGCCAAUUGCUCUGUCUGUUUCCUUCUGCAGUCAUCUCCAUGCAGUCAGACCAUGGAAGAGCUCAAUGUGCUGAUAGAGAUGGUGGGAGCAGAAUUCACCUGUUUAAAACAUGUUUUAAUACUUUUUUAAGUUCAUCCAGGCAAAAGAAAAGUAAAAUCCAUUCUUGAAGUUAAUUAGGUGUUUUAUGAGGCCUCUGUCACGGUCUGCGUUCUGCGUCUCCCUCAUGUGUCUCCUCGUGUUCUCCAUCCCUCUCUAGGUUUCCCUCAUGUGUCUCCUUGUCUGCAUCCCUCCUCAUGUCCCUCCCUGUGGUUCCCCAGCCCCCUCCAGGCUCUGUCUAGGUUUCCCUCACGUUUUCCCUCAUCAUUAGUCUUCUGUUAGUGUUUAUUCCUUUAGUUCUUUUUGCUCCCUUCCCCAUUUUUAGGUCUGGUUUCCUCCCCUGCUCCAUUGUGCUCCUCCUCUCUGUUUAUUAGUCUCACCUGUGCACAAUUCCCUAAUCACCCAGCCCUUGUGUAUAUAACCCUGUCUGCAUCUCAGUUUGU